UACCAUAAACGGAAACGGAAAUGAAGUCAGUGAACGUGCCCACAGCGCGCUCUGUUUUCAUGAUAUCGUUUUCUUUCAAUUUAUGAUGUUCUCACUUUAAUAAUACAAUAGUUGCAAUUAUUCAAUGAGCACAAUGACAGAGAAUGAAUUGUUUCAUAAACAGAUAGAGUCUAUCAUGACACUACUGACAGAAACAGCUCGAGAUGAGAUUCAGAAAGUUUUUGACUGUGACAUAUCCGCGGAUCACACAGAGACUAACGUUACGUCUGAAAUGAAUGAGAGACACCUCAAAGUUGAAAAGCUCACAGCAUUGAUGGAAACUCUUGCCAAGGUGGCCAUUCAAAAAAUAUGCAGACUUUUUAGUUAUUGCUUUGCAAUGAAACAAACCCAGACUUUAAAAAGUGAACAUAAUGCAUUAAUAAAGGAAAAGUCGGUGCAGCAAAAUGAAAACAAAACAGCAGAAAGCAAAAAUGCUCAGAUUGAGAGCAGUUUGAUUGAUGGAGCUACAUCAGUGACAUCAUCACUGAGCCAGAAUCCAAUGGCUGUGUUACAUGAAGAAAAUGCAUUACUACAAGACCCUCUUAAUGGCCAGCAGUGUGCACCAGAGGACAACAUUGUUGCUGUUGAUUCUGAGAUCGAAGCAGAUGAAGCUGAAGAAAGGGGCUACGUCUCUAUUGAAGUUGAAGCCUCUAAAAUAGACACAUUGGCAGAUGAAAACGGUACAAAACCAAAGAAAAUGAGGAAGAGAGUACUGUUUGAAUGUAAUGCUUGUGGAAAGACGUAUAGCAGGAGAUACAGGCUUAAACAGCACAAAUGUGGACAAAGCAUCGCUAACAAAUGUGACAAGUGUGGACAGAUAUUUAGCAGGAAGUAUAAACUAGAACGGCACAUGAAACGUGAGCAUAUGGAAAGAGUCUUACACACAUGUGACAAGUGUGGAAAGAAGUUUAAAUUUUUUAAAGCAUUCGAGAGACACGUACUGCAUCACACUGAGAAGAAAGGAUGCUGUAAAACAUGCGGGAAAACCUUUGCAGAUCUUAAGUCACAUGAACUUGUCCACCUGGAAGUAAAGCCAUAUCUCUGUGGUGAAUGUGGACGGGGCUUUACUGUAAGCCAGAGUUUACGAGCUCACCAGAGAAUCCAUACAGGUGAAAAACCAUACAACUGUGACACGUGUGGGAAACAGUUUUCAACCACAGGUUACCUUGCUGCCCAUCGAAAAGUUCAUUCAGCUGAGAGACCAUUUAAAUGCAGCCUGUGUGACAAGGCUUUCAAGGAGAAAAGAACGUUGGAUCUACACUACAGUGUUCAUACAGGAGAGAAACCCCACGUGUGUCACACGUGUGGACAGAGGUUUGGACUCGUGGCAAAUCUCAAUAGACAUCUCCUCAUUCACAGUGGUGUAAAACAGUACCCGUGCUCCAUUUGUGACAAGCGAUUUAUUCAACGGAAAACUCUACACAGGCACAUGUUAGUGCAUGAAUCCCAAAAGCCAUUUAUGUGUGAAGUAUGUGGAAAGAGAUUUGUCUACAAUUGUUUUUUAAAGCGACACUUACUCACACAUUGUGACAACGAAGAGAUGAGAGCUACAUUGAACCCUUUUCGUUGCGAGGUUUGUGGAAAGUGCUACAGCAGUUCUUCUUUACUUAUAAUACAUCAGAGGCUUCAUUCAGAAAAGGACCCAUACAUGUGUAAAACCUGUGGUAAAAGCUAUAGCGGUCCAGGUCCACUAAAGCAACACGAGAAACUUCAUUCAGGAGUGACACCAUUUAAUUGUUUAGUGUGUGGUAAGGCUUUUGCUCUGAGUUCUGGUUUGAAAACACAUGAGGUUGUUCAUACCAAAGAAAAACCGUACAUAUGUUCUGUUUGUGGAAAAGGCUUUGGCCUGCCACAGGGUCUCAAAGUGCAUAUGCUCAUUCACAGUGGCAAGAAACCUCACAGGUGUGAAGCAUGUGGAAAGUCCUUUCGCCUAUCCACAAACCUAACGCGACACAUGCGGGUUCACACUGGGGAGAAGCCGUUCACCUGUGAAGUCUGUGGGAAAGGGUUUGGACAGUCCAACAAUUUGAAAGCGCACAUGCAGAUGCACACUGGAGUGAAACCUUACACGUGCCAGAAAUGUGGGAAGAGUUAUGCAUAUGCUAGAAAUUACAAUGAUCACAAAUGUAAACCUUUAUGAGGAUUUUCAUUUGGUUUAAGUUAUUUGGAGAAAUAUUUGAUUCAUAAAAAGCUGCAUCUGUUAUAUAAAGAGUAAAUAACACUGGAUUGUAAACUUAAUUGAAACAAAACUAUCUAAAUUAGAUUAGUUUAGAAAAUUGUUCUGAUUGUUCAUUGUCAAUAAAAGACUUCAAUUUUGAAA